CUUGGAAGCACAUGGCAGGAAAGAGUAAGAAAAAAAUAGAAACACGGGUCCCGAAGCAUCCAACACAUAGUAUUUUAAAGAGCAAAAGAAAACUCAGAAAUCCAAGCUUUGUUAGUGUCCCAGAAGAGAAAGAGAAAGAGAAAGCAGAGAGUGAUGAUACCAGAGAGACAACAAGGUGGAGGUGCGCCACACGGGAUCCUCCUGGCUCUGGUGGUGGCAAUCGUGCUCAUAGUGCCCUUCUUCCUUGGGGAUCAGGGCCAGGCCAUAACGCAGGCAUUAUCGGACCUGCUAAGCCCAUUCGGCCUACUCCUUCUGCCCAUCCUUCUCCUUCUCACCAUUCAGUUCCUCUCCUCCGAUCGGGGCUCCUUCGUCUCCGCCCUCUUCUCCACCGGCGAACCCGACACCAUCCACCGCCUCAGCGGCUCCCCCGUCGGCGUCGCACUCUUCCUCAUCCUCAUUCUCUUCCUCUUGUUCAACCGCCGCCUCUCCAUCUUCGGCGGCGACGAUUCCGAUGACUGAAACCUUCUGGAUCUGCCUCUCCUUUCUCGUUACCUUUUCUUUUCACACGUUCGUUGUACAUCUACCUUUUUUUUUUUUUUAAUUGCUUUUUUUCUUGCUGUUACAUUUGAAUUUCUGUUGAGUAAAUAAUAGUAUUAUUAUUAUAUUUGUGGCACUGCUGGGGUUUCUUUUAAGAUUGAAAUGCGUGUUAUUUGGAAAAUAAAAUUGAAUUAGGGAAGGUAGAAGAAGUGUUGAGAAGAUUUGAAUUUGGACUUGAGAUGUCGGUGCCAUGACUUUCUGCUUAGUGCUUUGAAAUGGUACUUUGCACGACGCGUGGGCACUGUGGUCCCCUUACUUCACAUAAGUAAUGUUAUUUCUAAAUUUUUAUUUUACGUGUAUCAGUCUAUUUAUGUAUAAAUGGGGAACUAGUAGUAUUUACUUUC